GAAUCAAGAUAUUGUAAAAACUUCUUUUUCAGUGGACCUCCUCGAGCAGUGCAACUCGGUUCCUCCUAUCUGGACGAUUCGGGUGCUUUGGUUGUGAGGGUAGCGGCUGUAGUCCGCCAUCCUAAAUAUAAAAGCCCUCGGUCCUACUACGACGUCGCGUUGUUGAAACUUCGGCAUCCAGUCACGUUUUCCCAAGUGAUAAAGCCGGCGUGUCUGGGCGUACCACCGCCAGUUAACGAGCCCAUUAUCGCGACAGGAUGGGGAAGAACAGAGUUUAGUGACCAAUCUCUAGAACUCCGCAGUGUGUCCCUUCCGAUCUGGGAUAUUAACAAGUGCGCUGAAGUUCUGGGGACCAGCAGAAAACUGCCCAAUGGUCCGUCGAGUGAUAGCCAGGUCUGCGCUGGCGAGAUGCGGGGAAGAAAGGAUACUUGCCAGGGCGAUUCCGGUGGUCCAGCUCAAAUUCAAGAUGGCUGCAUAUGGAGGGUUGUUGCUAUAACGUCACUAGGCCGGUCCUGUGGCGCUCCUAAUACACCAGGCCUUUACGCUAAAGUACCAAUAGCUUUUGUCGCUGCUCAAGUCUUUGGAAAUUAUAAGAGUACACCUACAACUGAAAUGAAUUAUCAAAAUAAUUACAAUAAUAACCAACAAGGGCAUAAUAAUGAUCAACAAGAAUAUUAUAAUAAGAAUCAACAAGGGUAUAAUAGUAAUCAGAAUUAUCAGAACUAUAAUCAACAGCAGAAUAAUUACAAUAAUAAUCAAAGAAGAGAUAAUAGAAAUGACGAUUCCAAUUAUAAUUAUCAAACCAGUACUAAUAAAGUUUAUAGAUCUGAUGAAAAUAAUUAUAAUAAUCAAAAUUAUAAUUACAAUAAUGCAAGACGUGACGAAGCGGGUACAUUCAAGAACCAUAGGAACGUUGAUGUGUAUACUGCAACUAAUCCUAACAACAAUCAAGGGUAUAAUGAAAACGACAGGAAUUACAACACAGACGUUAAUGCUUACAGUAAUCAACAAAAUUAUGAAAAUAAUUAUAACAAUAAUCACAGACGUGAUUAUAGAAAUUAUAAUAAUCAAAAUGAUUACAAUUACAACAACAGAAACGGUGAUUACAAUAGAAAUGUUAAUCAGCAAAGUUACAAUGUGAGAGACAUUGGUUCUGACAAUAGUAGGAUUUGGAUUACGUAGUUAUGGGUUAUGUUAAACUGUUUAACCGCAAAAGGCUCAAAUAAGCCAACCUCAGCCAGUGUUACAGUUUUGUGUCUUUUGCGGUGGAAACUCUGGGUCUUUGGGGGCCACACGUGACAGUCAUUGCUAAGAAGCGUUUAGUUUGCUUCGUAAAGCCUCCAGUUACCAGAAGACUGGCAGCUACUUCCGCCAAAGGGAAGAUGUUGCCGGUCUUCUGGAUACGACGACUCAGGGAGCAGUCCCUAAUGGAAUUUUCUACCCUUAACUAUAAAGCCAGUUAAAGGUAGAAAAUGACUUUUUAAUUCUUUCCACUGUAUUAGGCAUAUUUAGUGUAGUAUUUCCUGUGCUUAAUGCCAUGUAAUUAUUUCAUUGUAUUAUAUUUUUGUAUUAUAAAAUGUACACUUAAGU